AUGCUUGUUCACAACAAAGUUCAGGGUCAAAACAGUAACCACAGUCUCUUCAAAUCAGUUGGCAGAGCUGCAAAGGAGGACCUUCAUAAGACUUUGAGCCAAUGGGGAAAGAAGUGCAAGGAUAUCAUCGAGAAGGGUCAUGGUAAGAUCAAGAACGACUUCCAGAGUCGAUACCAGGAGGCAGACGUCAAGCAGGAGGAUGAUCCAAAAGCCGUGUCAAAGCUCCUCGAUGCUGUCAAGAAAGCCGGAACGAUCCUAGAUGGUGACAUGAGGCGGCAUCUCUUUGAAUGUCACAAGUAUGAGAACGACGUCGAGGCGAUGAAGGAGUGGAAACAGGCUGAGAUGAGGCAAAGACAUCGUGCUUGA